AGCCAGCGCUGGGCUGAACCGGCACACAGGUGCUGGGCAGCCCUAGGACACCGCAGUGCACCGGAUGAGAGGACCCUGAUCACCAGUUUGCCAUCACACCCUGGCUAUGCCCCGUGCUGGACACUUCCUGCCCCACAGCCCCCGGUGAGCGGGGAAGGAGCUUGAGCCCCCUCCAGGUCGGGUGACUCUGGUCUCCCUCAGCUGCCAUGGAUUGGAAAACGCUGCAGGCGCUGCUCAGUGGGGUCAACAAAUACUCCACAGCCUUCAGCCGCAUCUGGCUCUCCGUGGUCUUUGUCUUCCGUGUGCUGGUCUAUGUGGUGGCAGCUGAGCGGGUCUGGGGUGAUGAGCAGAAGGAUUUUGAUUGCAACACGCGGCAGCCGGGCUGCACCAACGUGUGCUAUGACCACUUCUUCCCCAUCUCCCACAUCCGCCUCUGGGCCCUGCAGCUCAUCUUUGUCACUUGUCCUUCCCUCCUGGUCAUCAUGCACGUGGCCUACCGGGAGGACCGCGAGAGGAAGAACCGGGAGAAGAAUGGAGAGAAUUGCCCCAAGCUCUACAGCAACACGGGCAAGAAGCACGGCGGGCUGUGGUGGACCUACCUGUUCAGCCUCUUCUUCAAGCUUAUCAUAGAGAUCCUGUUCCUCUACCUCCUCCACAAGAUGUGGGACAGCUUUGAUUUGCCACGGCUGGUCAAGUGCUCCAACGUGGAUCCCUGUCCCAACACCGUGGACUGCUACAUCGCUCGGCCAACCGAGAAAAGGGUCUUCACCUAUUUCAUGGUCGGAGCCUCCUCCAUCUGCAUCGUCCUCACCGUCUGUGAGAUCUUCUACCUCAUCUUCAAGAGAGUUGUCCAGAGGACAAGGAAGUGGAGGAAAUCCAAGCGCUCUGUCAGCUACAGCAAGGCCUCCACCUGCCACUGUCACGUCAAGUCAGAGGAGAAGGACAGCAAGUCCCAGCCUAGGUGUGUGGCAGCCCUGACUGCUGUCUGA